GUACGGCCGUGGCGCCAUCGAGUUUCGUUGCUGGUGGGUACAGCGGCAAACCGGAGUACAGUUUGUCCUGAGUGUUCGGACUCGACGGGUGUGCGAUUAUUUCGCACUUUGUAUACGAAACGAAAAGUGACAUUCGACGCGGCGUGUCGCGAGUAAAUUCUCCGUAUUUGACUGAUGCGGAGAAAAGUUGUCAGUGCGAAGUGUAAAAGAAAGAAAAUGAUGUCGCACGCGCGAUGAUUCUCAACGUGUUCGCCACGUCCGUCUUGACUCCGUUACGAUUCUCGUUGGUCAUCGGUGUGCCUACGGUGUGAUAGAAUCUAGUGCUCCAAAAUAACAAAAAAGAGAGUUCUGUUGGCUAUUACCCGUAAGUCAUGGGUGAUGUGUACAGGGUAGUUAGUGACCUGCUCGUGGAGGAUACACCCGCGGACAGAAGAAAAAUUGAUCUGACCACGCCACUCGUCACGAUGAAUCACCAGGGCUGUUGGUCGGAUUCGCGGCUACCGAUGCCAGCAUCAAGCAGAAUCAACAGAGAGGCAACAGGGAUGAAAGGAUUUCUUGGAGUGUGUCGAGAAAGGACUCUAUCAGAUGAUAGGAUGCAUCAUAGAUCGUCCAGUCUUCAAUUACAGGUUUUAUCAGAUGAGAUAAUGCAUUAUGGUGUGAAAAGGACACUCAGAUCGUCUAGUUUUCAGACCCUGCUCCAGCUGCUGGUCCUGGGUGGUCUGUUCGCUCUGGGCGGCGCAGCGAUUUGCCCUAACGGCUGCAUUUGCGACGACGAUAACUUGAUGGUGUCCUGCAUAGGCGCGAAUCUGGACGUCAUUCCCAUAGCGCUGAAUCCCAGCAUCCAGCGAAUAGUGCUGAAAGAGAACCGGAUAAAGAUAGUAGACGCGGCAGCUUUCCAAUUCUACGGGGAUCUAAAAAAUGUGGAUCUGUCCAGUAACCACCUGUUCACCAUCCCAAACGGAAGCUUCGAUGCCCAGAAGCAGCUGGUAGAACUUCAUCUAAGGCAUAACAAGAUCUCUGCGCUAACCGAGAAGACUUUUCAAGGUCUGAGGUCGCUGACAGUGUUGAAUUUAAGGGACAACUAUCUAGAGAGCCUGAAAAAUGGUCUGUUUGCUUCGUUGUCGAAGCUGGAGGAACUGGAUCUGGGAAAGAAUCGGAUAUCCAAAGUGGAGCCUGGGGCGUUUCAGAAGUUGGGCACCCUUAGGGUGCUGCACCUUGACGAUAAUCAGCUGAGGACCAUCCCUUCCCCAGCUCUGGCGCCACUGAACUCCCUGGCCGAGCUGCACAUCGGCUGGAACGCCUUUUCAUCCCUUCCUGAUGACGCCUUCAAGGGGUUGGAGCAGUUGACUGUGCUGGACAUAACGGGGGCAGGGUUGGACGAUAUCGGUGACAACGCUUUUCGGGGUCUGAACGCUCUGAGGACUCUGGAACUGGAUGGAAAUAAGCUUAGGGAGGUGCCAACUAAGCAGUUAGCAGUGUUACCUCGUCUCGAAGAACUGACUCUAGGUCAGAACUUCUUUACGACCCUCAGGUCAGGCGCCUUCCAAGGCCUCUCCAAGCUGAAGAAACUGGACAUAUCAGCAGCUAAAUUGCUAACAAUCGUAGAACGGGGAACUUUCUCGGACAACGCUAACUUGGAGACCCUAGUACUGAACAGUAACAAGAGGUUAGCUACUAUGGAAGAUGGUUCCCUGGCUGGUUUGCCGAACCUGAGACACCUGAUGCUCAGGGACAAUGCAUUCACCGGGUUCUCCGAGUCCCUGGUGGCCUGGAACGAGCUACGCCGAUUGGACCUGAGCGAAAAUCCAUUAGUCUGUGAUUGCAGUCUACACUGGUUAGCUGACGUACUAGUUCCAAGGAAUUCCAGCCCAGUGAUAUGCGCGGAGCCUCCAGAAUCCAAGGGCAAACCCCUCAAGGGCAUGACUCAUGAUGAACUAGGCUGCGCCUUCUCAGACCCCAGAAAGCAGGCCCUACUGGCCACCCUAUGUGCAGCUGGGUUAGCCCUACUCACCGGACUAGCUUUAAUCCUCUACUACAGGUGUCGCAGACGGGUCAGAGAUGCCUUGAAGGACUACAAGUGGAAUAACCGGGCAAUAUCCCGGAAGGAGCAUGAAUACCAGAAGACUUUCUCCGACGACGAGUACAUUGUCAGGUCCGCCCAUCCCCAUCAUCAUCAUCACCACCAGGCGCAAUCCCAGCAGCUGCCAUCUCAUCAUCAUCACCAUCAUCUUCAACAGCAGCAGUUGCAACAGCAGCAACAGCAACAGCAGCAGCACUCGCAGAUAUCGGCGAACAUCAAGCCGAUUCCGGUGACGGAACUCACCACUCUGGCCGAAGGCUUCACCUACAUCGACGGGGAGACGGCGCGACAGAUGCGCCGUCCGGGAACGCUGCCCAAUACCGGCACCUCCGGGCACCGUAUGGAGGACGGCUCCACGCCGCUGAGCAUCGCGGGCGAUAAUUGCUCUUCCACCGGCGUCAGACUACACUAUGCGAACCAUUCCUUGCGCCGAACCCCUCAGCCCUCCCGGGACAACGAGGGCCACCAGUCGAAUCUGCAAAACGGGGUAUCAGGACACCAUCACGGACCCCCGCCUCUACCCUCUAGACACCACCAGUCCUCUUACCCCACUCUGCCCGUAAACGGCCACGUGACACAUCAGCAUCAUCAUUUUCCCCGCGAGAAAGACAGGGCGUCGGGUCGGGAGAAGAGCCGUGACCGAGACGCCGGCGCUCAAUCCGUCCAUCGGGCCGACAAACACCGAGACGCCCAGAUGGACACCCGCGAUGAUAGCCUGCACAUGGGCGAAAUUGGAACGUACAGAGCGUAAAGGGAGGUGCUUAAAGGAGAGGAAAAAGCCGAGUGAAUUGAACUGAAGACUGAAGUUGAGGAUACGCCUCGUGCGAACGAGAUGGACUGGUAGUGAUGGAUAUUGGGAACGUCCUUGUGCAGUUCAAAAACAGCUUCGAAUCAUUUCGAAUUUUGUUGGAAUGAGAUCUUGGAGCUGGGGAUGUCCAUUAGUGUGCUCUGAAGGCAGACAAGAAAACCCGGGCGCGAUGUGGGGAGAUGGUAAUGUUAGUCAGGAGGUGAAAUAUCAGUGAUUUGAUGAUGACGAGGAUCUAGAUUGAAGGCAUCAAUGGUCACGAGUACCAUGGCAUCGUUUAGUUAACACGUUCGAUCUCGGUUAGGUAAAUCUACCACUUUGCCCUACCUCUGUAAAGGUGUACCUACUACCCAGGGCUCGAACUUGUUAGAUGACGCCCUGCCUCAUAACUGCCAUAAAAAAAAGAAGGCAUCAAAACUGGGAAUCACUCUCGGAUAGUCCUUGAAGGGUUUUCUAGAUCUUCAAGAUUCCUAUAAAAUUCAAAAUGAUGCGAAAUUUAUAUUGCAAGUGCUUCAGGAUCAACGAUGGAAUUGGUGAAGUGACUACAAUUUGAAGACUGAUUAUGACAGACAUCUAGGAACAUUCCAACCGCUCUGACUUCAACCUUGAAACCAAGGAAUUCUUCAGCAUCGAAUGGCAAUAUGGCAAUAAUCAGGGUAAUUUGAAAAAAGUCAGGUUCCAAUGGAAACAUUUCUUCAUGUGAAAGUAAAAUGGAAGCUGCGGACAUAAAGAAGAGGUCGAUGCUGAUGAUGUUGCGGUGCACAAAGGAAGACUGGUUAUUCAAAGUCAUCUAAUGGACAAAAUCAACAAAGCAAGAUGAAGAUCCAUGAUUGAUUGCUCUUCUUCUACGUAUUCGAAAUGGUAACUUUGAAGACCCUGAAAAGGUCCUAAAUCUUGGACGAUCGUUUGUAAAUAUCAACUUCAGAAUUUGAAAAGAUGGAGAACGUGAAGAAACGAAAACUAUCGGUUUUCCUCGACAAGUCCUUAUAGAAAACGUUUUGUGAAUAUUUUGACUGGAACCUUGAAGGGGCACACAUGGAAUCGUAUUCAGAAGUGGCAUUAGAUAUUUUCCAUCUCUUUUUUUUAUAUACAGGGUGGUUCAUAAUAGAAGAAAAAUUAAAAAUAAUUUUUUUAAUGACACUGUAGAAUUCUUCAGGUAUGAAAAGGGUUAGAUGAUGACAUUAACUGCGUAUUUGCAAAUUAGCUUUAUUUUAAAAAUAAUAAUAGUCCAUUUAGGUAACUUAAAAUUAAAAUUAUCUACCCUUGAAGAUUACCUUGAAGAAAGAGACUUACUUCAUCAAUCAAAAUAUUUAAAAUUCUUAUGGGUUCUUUGUUAAUUUGUUAUCUUUGUGAGUUGCAAAACAUUUUAUUUCGCUUAAUCAAAAGGCAGCUAAAUAAUUAACCAAUAUUGGUACAGUUCCUGUCGAAUUUUGAGCCAUGGAUAUUAAUUACAUUCGAACAUGAGUUAUAAUAUGAAUGAACCUUAAGCUUUCAAAGCAUGCAAUAGUCGUUCGAAUCAGCCAUUCGAGAGCGAGAAAGGUAGUCGAAGAAGGAGGCGAAGAUUAUUUUUCCGGCCGAGUGUACCCUGUGGAAUUCCACGGUCACCCCGGUCGAGAAAGGUGACUGCACCUUGAAUCGACUCUCUCAGUGCGACGUUCUCAACCGUGGAGAAGGUGGAUUCCAAGUCCCAGCCCUCUAGACGAGCUUCGAUUCCGGAAUAGCUUUCGAGCAGCUACUCGCGACCCCAUUGUUUCUCAGGGAAAAACGAGAAAAUCUUGCUAGCUUUUCCAUCUUACAGCUCCGGAAAAUCUUUUUGAUUCUGAAUUGGUAACUUUUUCGAUAUUCAAAGGAGGAUGAUUUUAUAAAGAUUUUGUAACAUUUUUUAGCAUUGGAUCAAAGAUGGACAGUUGUUAAUAAGAAAAUUCUUCCCCAACUGAGCCUGAUUUUUCGAUAAAAUCUAUUAUUUUCGUCGUACAAGCAGAAUUAAUAGGUACAAUUCCGACCCCAUCCAAUCUAUUUGAUAUGAUCUCAAAAAUUGUUCAAGAUGUGAUCAAACUUUUCGGUACUUUGACAUCACUUGAUAGAUUGCUCGUUCCUAGAAUUAUUUUAAGAUGAAAAUUUUUGCAAGAACACAAAUUAAAAUUACAUAUUCUCUGGGGGAUCCCUUCGUGGAAAUUCUAGCGCCAUUUAAACCGUCACAAAGGAAGCACCGAUAAGAAGAAACUUUCCUAAGUAAUUUCACCCUUGAGCCGUACCACAUUGACCCUCCUCUUCUUUGCAAAUUAUUUUCCAGAAAAGAUAAUUUAAAGCUUUAAAAGAAAAAAA